CACUGCUGCCGUGAUUUUGCGAGAUGAAAGUAAGCGCUUCCGGCGUGAGAAUCACCAUUCAUCAAACUUUCUAGACUGUGAAAACGAAAAGGAAGGGGGAAGACGGUUAAUUAGCUGUUGCGGGCCUAGCUUCACUUCCCAAUGAGACGGUAAGUGAAGGGACACUGCGAUUAGGGGAGUGGAGGCUUCGUCUUCCUAGAAAGGUGCGGUAUUUGUAUUUUUGUACAUCUCAGGUUUUUGUAUUUCGGACUUUUUCCCUGAUUUCUUAAAAAAAUAUGGAUAAGUAAUGUACGUACGUGUUCUCUUUGGGGCCGGCCAUUUCGUCCCACACCAAAAGGCAAGUCGUCCCACGUAGGCCCAUUUCGUCCCAAGACAGAAAAGUCAAAUCGUCCCAAGCUCAAAAGGCUUUUCACCGAUGAAAAUAAGGACGAAAUGGUCUUGGGGCAAAGUGACCUAUGACCGUUCUUUUUGUUGUGACUGUCAUUAGGCGCAGUCUGCAGGCUGGGAGAUAGGCCAUGGAAUCAAGGGCCGGGACUGUUUGGGCCUGGCGGAUGCCUUGAAAUAUUUGAAAAGUUUUUGUUUUGAUAGAACAGUGCUGAAAGUACAAAUAGACGGAACUUGCCUCCUGGAUAUAAUAUCAACCUGUGGCCCAUUAAAAUGCCAGUCUUGGACAAGACAACACACCUGUUCUGACACUGUUGGAUCUGUCAGGUUUAGAUGAGAUGACCAAUGAAUUACAUCAUGUGACCUUUUUUUUUUGUCCACCAACAGCAUCAUUGUUGUUUUUCCUGAAAAGUGCACAAAGUACACUUUGAAAGACUUGCAGGCACAUGCCUCAACCCCCUAACUUCAUGAAAAAAUUGUAAAAAAUUUACAAAGGCAUAUUGUCCGGAUGACAAAAAUGAUCAAAAGUGGUGUUUUAAUCUGGACUGUGUUAAAUAUGUCCAAACAGCAGUUAGCAAGACUACCUGUCCUUCCUUCUAGUUUUCAGCUGGUGAUUAAUAACUUUUACCAAAAUGUUCAACAGAGGUAUAUAUUUCAUUGCGUGUUUCCUCUAAAAUUUACCCCAUUACACAAGAACUCUUAUAAGUGCUGUCAAGUGCCAGAUCAAAAAUCUCACUCAUUCGUAGACAAGAAGAGAAGGCUUCCUGUCACAUGCACAGAUGAAAUAGAACAAAUCCUAAAUGAAAAUGCAGAUAUUAUCAGUGAGUAUGCUACAUUUCUUGGAUGUGCUGAGUCUUCUGUCAGAAACAUGGUGAGAUGUGAAACUCGACUUGUAACAAGUUUCUCGAAACAUGAAGUUCUUGCUAAAAUGAAACUUCUGCUGGAUCAUGGACUUGAUGGAGAAGAGAUUGCACAGAGGUAUUACGUAUUUCAUCGAAGUGUGGAAUCUCUACGUAUUCGCUUAGAAGAAAUCAAAUCAGUUGAACACUAUCAACCUUGUACCUAUCUCCUAGUGGUUUCCGACCAAUACUUCAAGGAGCGCAUUGAAGCAAUCCGAAGGGAAAUUGCCAUCAUGGGAAAGCACCCUUCUCAAGUAAAUUUUGUAGCAUGCCUUCUGGAAUGCUCAGAAGAAGAAGUUUUCGCCAAAGCUAGGGAUAAGUGCAAACACCUUCUAACAAUGCUACCUAGUCGACUUCAAGAACUUGUGCAGAUUCUCCAGGAGUUUGGAGUCCCGAAGAGAAUGAUGCUUGAUAACUGUUCAGUGUUCACAUGCAUACCUAGUGUUGCCAGAGAACGGUUGAAAUGUGUCAAGGAUGCUGGCGUAUAUGAUGUAGACAAGCUUGUCUACAUACUGACUGCUGAUCCUGAACAAUUCCACCAAAGUUUGAAAUAUUGGAUAGAUAAUAGCACUGCCCUGGGAGAAUCUAAGAAUGAAAAAGAGUAUUUAAUGCAACGGCUUCAGUGUUCUGAAACAGAUAUUCAAAGUAUGUUUUCCCGCAAAAUUAUUCUUUCUCGCCUAAGAGCAGCCAAGCUUAAGCAUUCUCUUGAUGUUUUAAUAAAUGAGAUUGGUAUUUCACCUAGAAGUAUUAUACAGUACCCUGAACUGUUAUUUUAUAGCAAAAUCCGCCUUCUGUCAAGAUGGGAGCUUCUACAGCAACAAAACUUGGAAGAAAGGAAGUUAAUUCAAGCAUUGAUAUUGCCAAACCGCAAGUUUCAUGCACAGUUUAUGUAACAGAAUUGGCACGUCAUAGGUCCUCAUAUCAAUAGUUAUGAAUAUUUUUCAUUUGUUUCUGACAAGACUGCAAUCUCAAAAUAAAAACUCCCACAAUUGAUGUAAGGUU